AUGCUUUAUUCCAAGGUGUUUAGUAUCUUUGCCAUUUUGGCAGUGGCCAGUGCGUUCUCGUUCAAGAACCCGGUCGCCUCUACAAAACAAUUGUUCUUUGAAGACGGAACAUUGGACCUGGACCUGUUGAACGAAAAGCUGGAUCAAUGUCAGGUUGUCCAGGAACUCAAUUCCCAUUUCGAACACGAGUCCCACGAUCUCAGCUACGCAGAGUACGUGUUCUCAAAACUGUUCCCAUUUGGACCUGCUGGUAAUGCAUUGCUUGCCACCACAUACAUUUCGGGUCCUCCAAACUUCAUUCUGGCCCUGAUCCCUGCCAAUAUCGACGUUUCGUCGUUAUCGUUGUUAGUGAGUUUCGCCGUUGGUGGUCUUCUCGGAGACGUGUUCCUACACUUGCUGCCACAGACGUUUUUGGGAGAGCCGCUCGAACACAAGGCAUCCUUUGUGUUGGUGGACGGAAAACGCAAUUGCGUGCUUGGGUUCUGUAUUUUCCUGGGAUUUCUGUUUUUCUUCAUAAUUGACAAAAGUUUACGGGUUCUGGAGCACACUGGCGAGCCUUCGUCGCAUUCGCACUCCCAUUCUCACGUUGAGCCUGUGGAGAGGCCAAAGUCCAAGAGCAAAAAGUCCAAGAAGUCCAAGUCGACCAAGGAGUCCAAACCAGAGCCUGUGAUUGCCAAUCCUAAUGCCAGUGUCAAGACUUCGGCUUACUUGAACCUGAUCUCCGACUUUACUCACAAUAUUACCGACGGACUGGCCAUUGCGUCCUCGUUCUACAUCUCCAACACGGUCGGCUGCACUACAACAUUGGCGGUGUUUUUCCACGAGAUCCCACACGAAGUGGGGGAUUUUGCCCUGUUGAUUCAGGGUGGUUUCACCAAAUGGCAGGCCAUGAGCUCGCAAUUUGUCACGGCCAUUGGAGCAUACUUGGGCACUGUGAUCGGUAUCUCGAUCCAGACCCUGUCCAAGACGGCCAAUGAGACCGUUGGAUCGGAUCAAAACGCCGUUUCGCCCGGUCUUUUUGGCACCACUGUCCAGAUCGGAGAUCUGACCCUCCCAUUUACUGCAGGCGGGUUCCUCUACAUUGGUUUCAGCGUUGUUCCAGAGCUGUUGGAGCUCGGACAGGGCACCUCUCGUGUCCAGGAACUGCGCAAAUUUAUCGGCCAAAUCUUCUUCAUUUUUGUCGGGAUCGGGUUCAUGUUUUUUCUAACUUACAGGCCUUCCAAUAACGCUAAGGACGUUUACGUGACCGGCACGUUUGAUAACUGGUCCAAAACCCACAAGUUAGAUAAGACCUCUUCUGGGUUUGCCAAAAUAAUCGACUUGCCCUACGAAAAAACAGUGUUCAAGUUUGUGGUGGACAACCACUGGUGUACCUCUGAUCAUGAUGCUAAGGAGUAUGAUGAGUGUGGGAACCUCAACAACGUUCUGUAUCCCGGUAAUGAGGACGGAGCAAGCGAGUUCACCGCGAUCUCGUACCCAGACCAGGAAGCAGACGCGGAGGACGUCGGCGCGGAACAAACCCCGCAGGACCAAGAAGACCUGGGCAGUUCGACCCAGGUGACGUUAAAGGACGAAUUUCCGGUGUCGCAGCACAACGGAUCGGGUAUCUUUUCCAGGAUCAGGGCCCUGUUCAGAUGA